CGCACCAGCUCCGUUUUGACAGGAAGUCGGUUAAAACUCGACUAUAUCAGCUUGUCCCUGAAUUUAUUUUCUUUUUGAAGAUCAUCUCUGAAAUAGUUUUUCCCAAGGCUAAUCCGGGUAUACAACUAACAAUGAGUAGAUCAUCUCAUCUUGACGUCCAAGACAAGCUGAGUUAUUACGCAAUGUCCAACAUUGAAAUGGUACCAAUAGCAGCUGCUGAAGAGGGACAAAACAUGAAAGAAGAGAACGUACACGACCAAAAAGAUCAUCAAAAAUCCGUAACAGACAACUCUAAUGGAUUUAAUAAGAGUGAAGUGUCAAUGGUUGCCAUGGCAAAGCCGUUGGGUUUAAAUAAUACAAAGUCCAGACAACUUCCGCCAGACGGAGGUCAGCAUGUCUUGGACAGUGUUACUCCUGGAACCAAUACACAUAUCUACUACAAUUCGCCUGAACACACGACAGCGCCAGAUAAUCUACACGUAAACAACGCUAAAAUAAGAACUACCAACCCUGAAGUAAGAGCGCCCCCACGCUCAGAAAAACCAGCCGCAAGAAUACAGGACGUAAUUGACGCUGAGACUUAUAAAAAAUUCGCCAACGACGAUGACCAUUACGACGUCUUGCCGGAGCGCGUCAACUCCCCCACAGCAUACCAGGGGUUUACAUGCAACAGAAAAACACAACGCCGGCACAGUGUUAAAAGAUUCCUUCUCUACCUGAGUCUCAUCGUGUUGGGAAUCGCAUGUUUCACUGGCGCUAUUUUUGGCGGGAUGGUCAGCGUUGGACGAGGUUUUCGAACCAACGUAGACACGCAGAUUAGUAAACAAACCACUGAGUUGUCGGCUAUGUUGAACGAUUCUCAGCGUACGUUGAUGCACGGAAUUACAGUCGCAUGUGGAAGGAACCAGUCUGCUUCCGAUCUAAGGAUAGUAAACGGCUCGUAUUGUUACUGUCUAUACAGACAAAAGCUGUCGUGGCCUGGUGCUAGGGUGUACUGUUCAAAUAUGGGCAACGGGGUACACUUCGCGGAAAUUUACGACAACAUCACGAAUAAUUUAUUAACGAAAAUACUCACUGUUUCCGAUCUGCCAUCGGGUGUCUGGCUUGGUGGUAACGAUCUGGAGGAAGAGGGCGUCUGGAGGUGGGAACACUCGAAUAAAAAAAUAGAACUAUUUUCACCCUCGCAGUGGGAAGACGACGAGCCGAGUAACACUAGUGGCAGCACAAAGGAAGACUGCCUAGAGCUCUUCAACUGGCGGAGUAAUACUUUUAAAUGGAACGACCACGCGUGUAAAGACAAAAAGCCAUUCAUGUGUAUGUCAGAGUUGGUGGCCGGUGUAUGUUUUUGUUAAACCGACAUUUCUCUUCUAUGGGGUCUCAUCUUGAUGGGGAUGGGAGCGUUGGCGGAUCUGGCAUCAAAAGUUAAAUUUAGCAUGAAAAGUUUAAUCGUUUACAACAUAGUGGUCGUCCUUAAAUGACGUCACUUUCAUAGCAGGAGUGGGAGUUCGGACAUCUGUGACGAUCAGUGUUUCUUCCAGACU